AUGGGUGGUCUAAAUAGCCAACUGAUGAUUAGAGAAAUCAGAUGGGAAAAGCCACCAAUUGGAUGGAUUAAACUAAACAAAAACAGGGUUGUAGCUGCUGCGAAUGGGUUGGGAGCAGUAGGAGGAAUAUUUCAGAAUGCUCAAGGUGAGUGGAUUGCCGAGUACUUUAGAGUCAUUGGAUUUUCUUCGACUCUGCAAGCCGAGUUAUGGGUAGUCGUUGAUGGACUUGGAGUUCAAUGGGUUAUGGGAUUUCGUCAGAUUUUUGUUGAAUUAGAUAGUGCUGAUGUUAUUAAUCUCAUUAAUUCAACACAACCAAAGGAAAGCAGCCUAACGUUGGACCGUGCUAUAAGUAGAAUUAAGGGAGUGGUCGUUAAAGGCGAGUAA